UGUAUGAUGAUGGUGUAUGAUGGUGUUGACUCUCCAGUGGACAAGGGAUUAAUGCCACACAGCAAGGACUCUCCUUUUCCCUCAGCGGUCCAUGGAAAGAGUAGUUAAGACCUCGAGCGGUUUAACUGAGCAGGUUAUAAUCCAGAAAGAGUCUAUUUCCUCAGAAAAGCCAUAGAAAUUCCUGAGCAGAUUAACUAACAAUGCGUAGCAAAAGCACUGUUUCUUUCCUGGUUAGAUUUUUUGGCUGUUGUUAAAGGGAACUUUUUAAAUAUAAUGUAACAUAUUGAAGUGAAUGGUCUGAAUGGACUCCAUGGAAUCUUGGUCUCUCUCUGAAAAAAAACUCUUGCUGUGAAGGCUGUGUUUGUUCACAGUAGGAUGCUUGCUAAAAUCUGGACUUUUCUUCAACAAAGGCAAGGCUGGUGCAUAACGGAAUCUAUAUAACAGCUUUUGUGUCUCAAGUGAAGUAUUUGAUUUAUUUUGAAGUCAAACCUUUUAGAUGUACUUUGUCCAUAUGUUCUAUAAUGGGAACGAACAGGUACAAGUCUCAUCAAGUGGAGAACAACAUUUUUUAAACGUGUUUUUUUAACUUGAGUGUUUUUACUCGCUGGCAUUUUUAGACGUGCUACAAAAGACGUUGGCAAGUGGAGAAUCACAUUCCUUGCUUCAGCAACUUCUCUUCUCAAGCAAACACACUUCUAGUUGUGUCUCACAGCCAUGGCCUUUGGAGACCUUCUAGAACAGGUGGGCAGCACGGGCCGCUUUCAGGUCCUGCAUGUCACCUUGCUCUGUAUGCCCAUCCUUAUGAUGGCCAGUCAUAAUCUGUUGCAGAACUUUGUGGCCUCAGUACCCCCCCACCACUGCAGUGUGCACAGGAACCUGUCCCUGUCCAGUCUGAGCCCGGAGCAGGUUCUGCUGCUCACCGUGCCCCAGGACAUUAAGAACAGCAGGCCGGCGAGAUGCCUGCGCUAUGCUGCGCCCCAGUGGCAGCUCCUGUCAGAGAAUGGGACCUACAGUAAGGUGAAGCGAGACAGUAGUAAUGAUACUGAAGACUUUCUAGAUGCUGAGCUGCAAGGCUGUAAAGAUGGAUGGGAGUACAGCAUGACAGAGAUGAGUUCCACAAUUAUCUCUGAGUGGGACUUGGUCUGCGAUCUUCGCUCGUUGAAGCAGAUGGGACAAACCAUUUAUAUGGGAGGGGUGCUUGUGGGAGCUGUAAUCUUUGGGGGACUGUCGGACAGAUUUGGACGGCGUUUCCUGCUGCUAAUCUCCAACCUGUUGAUGGCAGUGGGAGGGACGUGUGCUGCCUUCUCCACCUCAUUCUCCGUCUUCUGCCUCUUCCGCUUCAUCACUGGCAUGGCCCUUUCUGGCCUGGGGCUCAACUCCUUCUCUCUCAUUGUGGAGUGGAUUCCCACAAGAGUGAGGACAGUGGUGGGUACAGGGACAGGCUACUGUUACACAAUGGGUCAGCUGAUCCUGGCAGUAGUAGCCUACUUCAUUCGGGACUGGCGCUGGCUAACGCUGGCUGUCUCCGUACCUUUCUACAUCACCUUCCUCUACUCAUGGUGGUUCCUGGAGUCUGCAAGAUGGCUCGUCCUGAACAGAAAGUCUGAGCAAGCAGUCAAAAAUCUCAAAAUAGUGGCCCGAAUCAAUGGACGCCGUGAAGAGGGUGAAAGAAUCAAUCUUGAAAUGCUGCAGGAUUCCAUGAAGAAGGAAAUGUCCUGCUCACAGGGUUCCUACUCUGUAGUAGACCUGCUCCGCACGCCCACCAUGAGGAACAUCACCAUCUGUCUCAGUGCAGUCUGGUUCUCCACCAGCUUCGCCUACUAUGGUCUAUCUAUGGAUCUGCAAAAGUUUGGCGUGGACAUCUACUUGAUUCAAGUGAUAUUCGGAGCGGUGGACAUCCCUGCCAAAGUAGUGGUUACAGUGUCCAUGAGUAUAUUUGGGCGACGGCCCUCACAGUGCGCUGCACUCAUAUUGUCUGGAGUCACCAUUUUGAUCAACAUAUUGGUGCCAUACGAAAAACAGACAGUGCGCACCACUCUAGCCGUGCUGGGUAAGGGGUGCCUGGCCGCGUCAUUCAACUGCUGCUACCUCUACUCUGGAGAGCUGUACCCCACCAUCAUCCGGCAGAAUGGCAUGGGCUGGGUGUCCAUGAUGGCUCGUGUAGGAGCGAUGGUGGCCCCCAUGGUGCUGCUCCUUGGGGAGGCUGUCCCGUGGCUGCCUGGCUUCAUCUAUGGGGUAGCCCCCAUCUUAAGUGGGGUGGUCGCCAUCUAUCUGCCAGAAACACUUGGUGCACCACUACCCGACACUAUUCAGGAUGUGGAUGAGAGAAGUUGCAAGAAAACAAUCCUCAAUGCCUCGCCCAAGAAGGACGAGCUGGACAUGGUAGAUACCCAUAAUACCCUGUUCAAGGAAGCUGCCUGAAGACUCAUCAAAUGUUACUGACCUUGCCUGUAUAGUCUAAAUAGAUACUACAGUUGCUUGCUCUACAGUUUUUUCACAACGACUGUAAGGUAGCAAUCAAUAUUGUAACUGGUCCACUGGUGUAGGAGGAAAUUACCAUGAUUUGUUUUGGAAGACUGAUGAACUAUGAGCUACGUAGAAUAAUGAAAUGAUCUGCUGUGGUACACUGUGGUCUGUUUAACAUUUAAUAUUUCAAUAGUAAAACAUGAAUUAAUGCUAGAUUGUGAGUAAAUAAAUAUAUGCUACAGUAUAUUGUGUAUUCUAACUACAACUUUAUUUACAUCUUUCUAUGGGCCAGGCCUAUAUUUUUAUGUUCUAUACUAGUAUGCAUUCCUUAAAAUAAUGACAAAGUUAUCCUCACCUUCUAUCAGUAUGAUCAGUAUGAAUGGUCUUAGCCAUGUGGCUAUGUUGUUUGUGACUGUGGCACAAUUUCCGUUACAGUCCAAGAAACUGGUCAUCUUGACUGGGCAUGGUAUUUGUAGCUGGAAUCGGUUUGUGUAGCUUAGGCCUACAGUAUAUCAGGUAGAAAAUAAAAUGUCAGAUGUUGUCCUGUCUCCGUAUUUUCCUAGAAAACGGGGAGGGGAAAAUGCAAUCAUAUCACCUAAAUAAAAGAUGCUACACAUGGUCAGUGAUUACAAGAUCAGAAGAAGAUCAGAUAGAUACAUAACAUAACUUUUUUUUAAGACAUGAUGCCCAGAAAGUGCAAAGUUGCGUAUGUGGGGCUACAACACCCCUAACCUACAUUGAACAUGCUUUUUAAGUCCAGGACUCGUGUAGGCUUAUUUUGGUCCAAUAAAAAAAUAAAGAUUAGAAAAACUCCCUAAAAAAUGUCCCUAUGGUUCAGACUUUAAGCAAAGGGUAUAGAAUUGAAUCUCGUUGAGAACGCAAUUAUUUAAAUUUGGCAAAAACAAGUUGGUCUCAAAAGAGUGUUCUCACUGCCAAUGAAAAGGGGAGUAUCCUAGUAUGUACAGUACCAGUCAACAGUUUAGACACACCUACUCAUUCAAGGGUUUUUCUUUAUUUUUACUAUUCUCUACAUUGUACAAUAAUAGUGAAGAUAUCAAAACUACGAAAUAACACAUGGAAUCAUGUAGUAACCAAAAAAAGUGUUAAAUAAAUCUACAUUUAUUUUAUAUUUGAGAUUCUUCAAAUAGCCACCUGUCACGCCCUGACCUUAGAGAUCCCUGUUUAUUCUCUAUAUUUUGGUUAGGUCAGGGUGUGACCAGGGUGGGUACUCUAGUUUUUGUAUAUAUAUGUUUUAUUUUUCUUUGUUGGCCUAGUAUGGUUCCCAAACAGAGGCAGCUGUCUAUCGUUGUCUCUGAUUGGGGAUCAUACUGAGGCAGCCCUUUUUCCCACCUUCAGUUGUGGGAUUUUGUCUUUGUUUGGUUGCAUGUAUUUUUACACGACGAACCUGUUGGUUCAUUGUAUUGUUUCUUUUUUUUGCUGGUUCACAUUUCAAUAAAAUAUGAUUAA